AUGAGAGUUCUGAAAGGUUUCUUAAACGAAGAUGACAUCAGAAUAAUAAGAGUGUUACUGACAAAAACGGAAGUCACUGUUCACUUUGCAAAAACAUCGUCAAGAUCAGCGGUUCUCAAAUGUGGCCCCCAGGAUUUUUUUGACUCAAGAUCUUUCUUGACAAAUGUGGGAACCCCUCAAAACGACUCUUUCUCGCCUCUCCUGUUUGUGAUCUACCUAGAGGCCGCCUUGCGAGAAUUGAGAAGCCUUUAUGAGGGGCCAAUCACCAAAAUAAUUUACGCUGAUGACGUCGACAUUGUCUCGACCGACAAUUGCACCUGGGAAACUUGGAGAAUGGUUCCUAAUUAUGAACACGGACAAAGCCGACGUUGUCGAUGUAUCACGUUCAGAAACCCAUCUCAUGAAAACAUGGAGAGUGUCGAAGAAGCUUGGCUCACUGCUUGGAGACCGGGAGGAUAUAAUGCGCAGAAAAACUCUGGCUAUGCUGCUCUAAAAACCGUCAUAAAGGACUGGCUACAAUGUUGUCCUGUGUACCCCUCACUACGCUCUAGAAUCUACAAUGAAUUUGUAAAACCCAUCUUAAUGUAUAAUUCAUCUACAUUUCCGAUACCGAACUAA